AUGGCUCUUAGGUCCCCGGCCAGGACCCAGCAGAAGGAGUCGCCGGAGACGGUGAUCAGCCCCGCAGAGAAGAUCGGACCACAGGAGGAACUCUACACCACCGUCAGGCGGCCAGCACCCUCGCCGCCCCAACAGCAGCAGCAACAACAACAACAGCAACAGCAACAACAACAGGAGUCAAGCGAGUACCACCGGGAUGACUUGUACCACUACGCUGCGGCGACCUACAGGGUGACUGACGGCACCCCGCCCCCGCCGGCGCCCCCCUCGCCCCCCACACACGCCAACCGACCCAACUCCCGCGGACAGAAGGCGUUCACGGCCCUCGUGUACCAGGCACCUUCCCUGCACGACGUGGACUGCCCCAACCUGGCUGACGGUGACGGGCGUGUGCCCUGGCCAGGGGCGUCGCCUCCCCAGGGGCCGCUUGGAACGAAUGAUUCCCAGAGCGAAGGCUACGGCAGCCUCAUGAGUCCUCGAGGAGCCUCCCCGCCCGCCCCCGGACCCCCGCACCACCGCAGGCCCCCCAAGCACCCCAGGGCACCCAGGACGUGUGUGCGGAACGUUCGCUUCCCGUGAGGCUGCUAAAGAGGGACCACUGAGGCCUCAGCACGUUUGAUCAGCGUGGUGUCUGGCUGGCGUGACCUGAGGCGCCACAACGACGAUGACGAGGAAAAUACAAGACAAGGAUGACCACCACCGCCACAACUGCCAUCACCACCACCGCCCUCUCCAGUCACAGCCACCACCACCGCUGCCCCUUCAACCACCACCACCACUAACCCAUUCAACCACCACCACUGCUGUCCCCUCCACCCACCACCACUGCCACAACCACCACCAUUGUUCCCUCGCUUCCACACCACCACCACUGCCCCCAACCACCGCCACCACCACCACCACCACUGCCCCCAACCACCGCCACCACCACCACCACCACCACUGCCCCCAACCACCGCCACCACCACCACCACCACUGUCCCACACCAAGUAACGUCACUACUGCCCCCUCCAACCACCACCACUGUCACCACCAAUACCACCACCACAUCACACGUCACUGUAUCCAUGUUCUGUUCAAUGGAGUGUGGUGUUGUCCAUGAAAACGCCCUUCUUAAGCCAUAACCCACUCUUAUGUAUAAUUCAGGACCCCCCCAUCAUUGUAAGCUUGAAUAUGACCACUCAGCACAUCAUUGUAAGCUUGAAUAUGACCACCUAACACAUCAUUGUAAGCUUGAAUGUGACCACUCAACACAUCAUUGUAAGCUUGAAUAUGACCACCUAACACAUCAUUGUAAGCUUGAAUGUGACCACUCAACACAUCAUUGUAAGCUUGAAUAUGACCACUCAACACAUCAUUGUAAGCUUGAAUAUGACCAC